CUGACGUGUCGUAGGUCCAUGUAUCCCCGUAUCACAGUCUUCCUUGUAACCAAAAAACCAUUUCACAUCGCAACACAUGAGACUCCCUCUCUCUCUUUCUCUCUCUCUCUAGCUCCGUCGCUGUUUGUUUCUCUGUGAGCGACCAAAUCGAAGCCGAGGAAGACGACAAAAUGGGUGUGCUGAGCAUGGUGGUCCUUGUAAAAGCAGCUUAUUCGUUGAACAGCUUCGUCUUCGAGGCGGAAGACAUCCGAUUCGGUUCCCCGUGGUGGUUCGUCGUCGUCGGUGUAGCGUGUCUCCUCGUUCUCUUCGCUGGGAUAAUGUCGGGCUUAACGCUAGGAUUAAUGUCCCUUGGCCUCGUCGAGCUCGAGAUUCUCCAGCAGAGUGGUUCCUCCUCCGAGAAAAAACAAGCCGCUGCUAUCUUACCAGUGGUUAAGAAGCAGCAUCAACUGCUUGUGACUCUGCUUCUAUGCAAUGCAGCUGCCAUGGAGGCACUUCCUAUAUGUCUUGAUAAGAUCUUCCAUCCCUUUGUGGCUGUUUUGCUCUCAGUUACUUUUGUUCUUGCUUUUGGGGAGAUAAUUCCACAAGCGAUAUGCUCGAGGUAUGGGCUUGCAGUUGGGGCUAACUUUUUGUGGCUGGUUCGCAUUUUGAUGAUACUCUGCUUUCCUAUCGCUUACCCUAUAGGCAAGGUUCUUGAUGCGGUAAUUGGGCAUAAUGACACACUGUUUAGGCGAGCUCAGCUGAAAGCUCUUGUCUCAAUGCACAGCCAGGAGGCUGGUAAGGGAGGUGAGCUGACACACGAGGAAACAAUGAUUAUAAGCGGAGCCCUGGAUUUGAGUGAGAAGACGGCUGAGGAAGCUAUGACGCCAAUUGAAUCAACAUUUUCCUUGGAUGUAACUACAAAGUUAAACUGGGAAACAAUUGGAAAAAUACUUUCCCGAGGUCAUAGCCGGAUCCCUGUAUACCUAGGGAAUCCAAAAAAUAUCAUUGGGCUUCUAUUGGUUAAGAGUCUUCUAACUGUAAGAGCAGAAACAGAUACAUCAGUAAGUUCUGUUUCCAUCAGGAAGAUCCCAAGGGUUCCAUCAGAUAUGCCAUUGUAUGAUAUCCUCAACGAGUUUCAAAAGGGAAACAGUCACAUGGCCGCGGUUGUCAAAGUCAAGGACAAAGAUAAAAAGAAGAACAUGCAGUUGAUGAGUAAUGGGGAACCACCCAAGGAGGAAUAUAUGAACUCAUACUCGAGUCCUCUUCUAACAGCUCCUUUGCUUAAGCAUGUGGAUGAAAGGCAUCAUGAUGUUGUGGUGGUUGAUAUUGAUAAAGCACCAACACAUGUGGAAACUAGGGGGAGAAAUUUCCAACAGAACGGCCUUGUGACAAGGGAGGAGUUGCCGCGUUUGUUGGAAGAUAACGAGGAUGCAGAAGUUAUAGGCAUCAUCACGUUAGAAGAUGUCUUUGAAGAACUUCUACAAGCAGAGAUCGUGGAUGAAACCGACGUUUACAUUGAUGUACAUAAAAGGGUACGCGUGGCAGCAGCAGCAGCAGCGGCUGUAUCAUCCAUCACACGUGCUUCGCCAGUGGAGUAUCAAAGCAAAGUAGGAGUAACGGUGAAGAAGCUUGUGGGUAAAGAAGCACGAAGUACCAAGAAAUCAAAAACCACGGAGCCUCUUUUAGCAGAAUUAGAUAGAUAAUACAUACUAUAUUUUUGUUUACCUUGUGUUAGUUUAAUGUUCAGUGUGCUCUCUUUAUUGUGUCACGUCUCUUUAACACUUUCUUUUUCUUUGUUGUAUGUUGUGCUAUACAAAGUUGAAAUAAUGGAAAGAAAAGGAAGAGUGUAAUUUUGUUUUGUUUUAA